GAGGAAACAAAGAGAUGACAUAUUGAAAUUCGGACAGACAACGACAAGAGCAAGCUACUUCUUCAAUCACGUGAUCUCCUCUUUCCUCCAUGUACUAUCUGUUCAAAUUUCUCAACCCCUCUCAUUACUGCUCUUGUUUUCUCUCUGAUUUCUCAAAAAGCUCCAAGCUUUGCCGGAGAAGAUAUCCGUUUCUGUGGGAGGAGUUUUAACUCCUCAGAUCUACCCCUCAAAGGAAAAUGGGCUUACUUUCACGCAAGUUAUUCCCUGCAUGUGAGAGUAUGUGCAUAUGCUGUCCUGCUUUGAGGUCUCGAUCUCGACAACCUGUUAAGCGAUACAAGAAGUUGCUGGCUGACAUUUUCCCCAAAUCUGCAGAUGGCUCUUCAAAUGGAAGGAAAAUUGUGAAACUAUGUGAAUAUGCUGCAAAAAACCCCUUCCGCAUACCAAAGAUUGCACAGUGUCUUGAAGAAAGAUGCUUCAAAGAACUGCGCAGUGGGCACACCAAAUCAGUCAAUGUUAUUGCAGAUGUUUACAAUGAGUUGCUUCGCAUGUGUCAAGAACAAAUGGCUUGUUUUGCGAACAAUCUGUUGAAUGUUGUGGUUGAAAUGCUGGAUUCUGCAAAGACAGAUGACAUCAAGAUCAUCGGUUGUCUGACCUUUACUAAGUUUAUCUACAGUCAGGUGGAUGGAACAUACACAUAUAAUAUAGAGAACUUGGUCCAAAAUGUAUGUUCACUAGCUAGGGAGACAGGUGAAGAUAAUCAAAAGCGCUGCUUGAGGGCAUCCAGUUUGCGUUGCCUUUCAGCCAUGGUAUGGUUCAUGGCUGAGUUCUCUCACAUUUUUACUGAUUUUGAUGAGAUUGUACAUGUUACUUUGGAUAACUAUGAGCCAGAUACCCCUAAUGAAGAUGAUGAAAGAGGGGAAGCACACCAUAAUUGGGUGGAUGAGGUUAUUAGAUCUGAAGGAAGAGAUCUUGGGAAUGAAAAUAGACCUAGCCAUCUUGUUAGGAAGCGUCCUGAUAAGAAGGAUCUCGCUCUAUUAACUAGAGAAGAGAUUGAGAUGCCAAAAGUAUGGGCUCGAAUAUGUAUCCAGAGGAUGGCUGAUCUAGCAAAGGAGAGUACGACAAUGCGAAGAGUUUUAGAUCCUAUUUUCAUCCACUUCGAUAGCAAGAAACAAUGGGUUCCCCAGACGGGAUUGGCAUUUAUAGUUCUGUCUGAUAUUUCAUACUUAUUAGAAAACUCAGGGAAUCACCAACUGAUUCUAACAGGCGUAGUUCGACAUUUGGACCACAAAAACGUAGCACAUGAUUCUCAAGCCAAGUCAUUCGCCAUCCAAACUGCCACAGCAUUAGUUCAUCAGAUGCGUUUGGGAGGUGGGGUUUCAGAUAUUGGAUAUGUGAAUGACUUGUGCCGGCAUUUGCGUAAAAGCCUCCAAGCAACUGUGGAUUUGUCCAAAGAGGAGUUAGACUUAAACGUUACUCUUCAGAUGUCCAUUCAAGAAUGCUUACUUGAAACUGCCAAAGGGAUUUCUGAUCCACGACCACUGUUAGAUAUGAUGGCGAUGACAUUGGAGAAGCUUUCACCUCAUAAAAUAGUUUCCAGAGCAACAAUGGGGUCUUUGAUCAUCCUUGCACACACAAUCUCAAUAGCAUCCUUGUCUUUGAAUUUUCAGCAGGUGUUCCCUGAUGAGCUGUUUAUUCAGCUUUUGAGAGUCAUGCUUCAUCCCGAUGUUGGAAUACGUAUUGAUGGGCACCAUAUCUUUUCUGUUUUACUUGUAACAUCCUCUAACUAUAUGAGACGUACUGCUCCUAGUCAUACAAGGCGAUGGAAUUCAAAUGGCACUUCUACGUUCUCCUCAAUUACAGCUCUGCUUGACAAGCUACGUAGAGAAAAAGAUUCCUCUGGUUUGAGGGGUGACUGUAGCACUCAAGAUGGAUUUAAAGAGAAGGGCACUGUUGAGGAAGACAGGAAGCAGGCAUGGGCACACGUGAAUUCUCCCAAUAUUCAAAAAUUAAAUACAAUCAUUGACCGGAGAGUUGCAUCAGCUAGCUUAACCGAAACAGAACAAUCAAUUUUAAAGCUUAAUGAGGACCAAAUAACCCAGAUGCUAUCUUCCUUUUGGGUUCAAGCUAAUAUGCCAGACAAUCUGCCUGCUAAUGUUGAAGCCAUUACUCAAUCUUUCUGCCUCACCCUCAUUUCCUUACGGCUUAGGAAUAUCGAAAAUCAUCUUGUGGUCCGCUUUUUCCAGCUUCCCUUAUCUCUGGUGAAGAUUUCAUUAGACCCUAACGCAACCUUGCCCCCAGCAUACCAGAGAUCGCUUCUUUUAUCAUCAAUUUCAAUGUUGGCAUUUGUGGCAAAGACGUAUCAAGUUUCUGACCUGAAUAGCUUAGUUAAACCAUUGAAGGACUCUGAUGUUGAUCCCUUUUUGGGUAUUGGUGAUGACUAUCAAGUAUACAUGAAGCCUCGUGCAGACCCGAGAGAAUAUGGUUCUACUGCUGAUAAUCAAGCAGCUUCUGAGUACCUCUCUGAAGUACGAUCCAAAACCAUUGCAUCCUUGGAAAUUAUACAGAGUACAUCAGCUGAAAGAUUGUCUAGAAUUACCGAGGUUGGCGAGUUCGAGGUGGAGGAUCUAGUUAAGCAGAUGUCAGAAGGAUUUACUCCCGAUGAUUCUUUCCUAUUUGGACUACAAUCAAUGGUUGACGUGGAUCAUACACAAGCUCUUGCACAUUGCAGAGAGUCCCCUUCAUUUGAUGAUGGGGAUUUCCCAAUGAACUCACCUGCAGAGGAUGUUAAAAUUAGUGAAUCAUCAGUUGCUGACUUUACCCGUUUCAUGUCAACAUCUCCCUCACCGUCCUCAUCUCGUGUUGUCAAUAUUGGGCAGCUUAUGGAAUCAGCUCUUGAGGUAGCUGGUCAAGUAGCUGGAACAUUUGUUUCCACUUCACCGCUUCCGUAUGGUGCCAUGGCUAGCCAGUGUGAAAGCCUAGGCACAGACACAAGAAAGAAACUCUCUAAUUGGUUGGCUCAUGAAAACCUUCACAUUAAAGCUUCAGAUAUAUUGCUUCCAGUCCUUCCUAGAAAUAGGCAAAUAACUGCCAGAAAGGCAAUUGAUGAAGGCACAGUUGCAGAGGAUUCAGUGGCACCAAAAGAGCCGUGGUUAGCUCUUAGGCUACCGCCUGCUAGUCCCUUUGACAACUUCCUCAAAGCAGCUCGGUGUUAGAGAGUUUAUGGCCAUGGUUUGAUCAGUCAAGUAAAGAGUGUACAAGUGAUUAGGCGAGUUUAAGCUCAGACACAUUUAUUUAACAUAUUGUUUGUUGAAAUUAGUGUAUGUUGGCUUUACCUUAUUUUUGAACCCUCUUUGUAAAACUAGUAAAUAGAGCUAUUGUAAAAACGUACCCCUAGUAGUAGUUUUCAUGUCUUGCAGUGUAGAGUGCGUGUCUUUUCUACUCUUUAAUGAUAAAUACCACCUCCGCCCCAUAUUAUGUGUCUCGUUUUGAUUUGGUACAAUUAUUAAUAAAUUGAUUGAAAAAGUAAAAAUUGUGGCU